AUGAAGAACUUGUAUCAGUAUGGAUUAAUCCCAGAGACCAAUCAUGACGUUGCAAACAAUUCAGAGGAUUAUAGCAAUGUCGUUAUUAAAGAGGAGAUAGAUCUCGGAGAAGAUUAUCUCGGAAAGGAGCCUGCUUCUCAGGGUCCUGCCAUCAAGGAUGAAGAUGUUGGCAUGGAAUCCGAGCCAGGAAACGGACCAAACGAUGGACCAGCAAUUAAAGAAGAAGGAGCCAACGGUGGGAACAACAACAACAACAACUACAACAUCAACUGGAUUCCCAUGCAAGAGAUUACCGUGGUGGCACACCGCGCCAACGGCCCUGAAGUGGUAGGGGCUCUCCUUGUACCACAAGGACCUGAUGGUGCGGGGCCAUCAGGUGGCAACACCAAAGAAGCAAGACGAGAAACAGAUGGUGCUGCCAACCGCGGCCCUGUUCCACAGAGGAACAGAGGUCAGGCCCCACAGACUCCAGAAGGACCAGUACAGCCACCUCAGCCUACGAACGCUGAACCUGGACCAAGUGGCACUGCUAAUCGCGGCCGUGGUCCACAGGGCCCUGGAGGACAGGCCCCACAGAAUGCAGGAGCAGGAGCACGUGGCGCUCAGCGUACAAAUAAUGCUGCUGGUAUCUUACCUUAUAAUAAUAAUAAUGAUGAUGAUGAUGAUGAUGAUGAUGAUGAUGAUGAUGAUAUUCGUGCAACAGGUGCUGCCAACGGUUCUCGACCUCUGUGCCCCAAUUGUCGUUUGCCUCUUCCUGAACAUGGAAAGCCAGGAAACCAGAAGAAGGAGAAUUAA